AUGAAAAUUAUUAUAAUAAAUCAUGUGAAAUUAUUUAUCGUGAUACUAGCAACAUUUAUCUUUUUAUGUUCUGCGCAAUUCCCGGGAGGUCCAAAAGGUGGCAGUGGUAGUAGUGUACCGCCUAGUAUGUCUGGAGGAAUGCCUGAUGGUGAUGAUGGUGGCAGUGGUGGUUUUGAUCCAUCAAGUUUAAUCGGAGGUAGUAAUCCAAAAUCUGGUGGUAAUGGUGGAUUUGAUCUAGGUAAUGCACUAGUACCAUUUACAGGUGGUGGCGGUGGUCAACUGACAGCAUCGCCAUCACCAAAUCCUCAAGAGGGAGGUUCCGGCCAAAGCCCAGCUGCCAGUGGCAAUAAAUCUCUUGCUAAUUCACCUCAAAGUAAAGUACCUCCACCAUCUACUGGAAGUUCUAAUGAAGCGCCUGUUGGUGCUGGAAAAACUCCAUCGCCUGCACCGGAUAUUCGUAAAACUGCUUGGCAAGAAAAAGAAAAGGCUUGUAUUUUAGUAAAUGGACCACCAAAUAAUACGAUGAUUUUACCUGAAAGCAAACAACGUAUAUCAUGGAAUCAAUCACCUUGUCAAAUGAGCGCAAGGGUUGUUGGAAUGUUUCAUGUAUUUUUGUAUAAUAAUUUGCAAAUUGUCCCUGAUGCAAAAAAACGAGAUUUAUUCAAAAGAGAUUAUUCACCUAAUGGAAAGAUCACAUACGAUUGGGGACCAUAUACAAUUGCUACAAAUCUUACAAACACAACAAACAAUUAUGAUUGGAUUACACCGUAUUUAAAUGAUCCAAGAAUUACGAAUGACUCAAAUUUCUUUAUAAGGGUUGAAACAAUUUCACGAUCAGGUAUUUUUGGUCAAACACCGCCUUUAGGUGGCACAUAUGGUCCAUUUAGUAUCGAGUUACAUGACCCACCAGCAGGUUGGAAUGAAACAGCAAACGGAGGAGUAAUGUUAGCUUCCAGUGGUCAAAAAGUUAAACCUAAUAUUUCACCGCUAUCAUCCGCUAUCAAGAUUUCAAUUAUAAACAUUUCACAUUGGAAGGGAUCUUUAAUUAUUGUUUCAGUUAUUUCGAGUACUUUAUAUUUAUUAUUCUGUAGCAAUUAA